CAGACGAGCAGAGCCGAGGGCGUCCGAACGUAUCCGAGACGCAGUCGAGUUGGAGUGAUUCCUCGAUGGUGGACGUGCGUGGUGUGGCGAGUCAGCCAGAGCGCAAAGAAAUGAAAGCUUGGUGUUGGAUGAAAUAGCGUGACUCGCCCGGUGGUUAAACUGUGCUCGGUAAAGAAAGGAAAAUAGAGGAUCUGCUGUUGGUGGGUGAGGUGCACGUAUCGGAUCGGGUUAAAACGUGGAUAAGUGCGAAGGUAGAGCAUGAGUGUGGUGCGUGUGCGGGAAGUGAUCGGAAAGUGGCGAAAACUGUGAUCCAGCGGAAACGAAAAAGGCCGCUAAGGUGGCGGCUUUGCUGGCGACAAAGAAGAAGACGAAGGCGGAAAAGUACAGCGCUGGAACUAAGAGCGCACGUCGUCGACAUUCUUCGUACGCCAAAGGUGUCCGUUCUCUCUGCAGGAUACGGAACACCGUAAACCACAAGAUGGCUGGAACUCGGACUUGCUGAAAGGCCUGACAUCGUGCGCUGUUACAACGGGUACGAGGAAAGGCGUAGAGAGUUUGACGGUGCCAUCCUGAUGCUGUUGGGUGUGCUUUCCUCCGGUUGGUGGAAAUAUGACGUUAUGAUAUCAGCCCUAUACGUCGUCGUCGUCGUCGUCAACGUCGUUGUCUACGUCGUCGUCAAGAGAGAGACUGGCUAAGUAGUAGCCUGAGGGAAUGUGUGACAUGUUCAUCCAAACUCAACAAACGAGCAGCGUCAACAGCAGCAGCAGCAACAACACCGCUCACCAUCACAACAAGAAGCGCAAGUUGGAUUACAACGUCAGUCAGCCAGUUAUACAGCACGCACAGGUCCAAUCAACCACCGAUUAUCAAUUGGACAAUCCUGGUUUACAAAGAUACUCUGUGAGCGGUACCAACGCCGCUUUCACGUCGCUUCACAAUAAUGCGCUGCAGAAGAGUCCGAACCAGCAGACAUUGGUUCGCGCGUCUACGAUUAAACUCCUAGACACGUACCAACGGUGUGGGCAGAAGAGAAAAACUUGGUCGAGGGAGGGUAAUGGUGAUGGUUUGGCAGUCCACUCUGCGAAUACGACGAGCAACACAGCCGGCAGUACCAUAGUCUCCCAACAUCACGGCCAGCAACAACAACAGCAACAACAGCUGCAACAGCAACAACAGCAGCACAAACAGACAAGCAUGACGUCGCACAGUAAGCAAGUGGCGAACACUGGAAACGGGGGCGGUGGUAGCAACCCCCAAGGUGACGGGGAUUAUCAGCUAGUACAACACGAGGUUCUCUACUCCAUGACCAAUCAGUAUGAGGUCCUGGAGUUUCUUGGGAGAGGAACAUUCGGUCAGGUUGUCAAGUGUUGGAAAAAGGGAACAAACGAGAUCGUGGCCAUCAAAAUUCUCAAGAAUCAUCCUUCGUAUGCGCGCCAAGGUCAGAUUGAGGUCUCCAUCCUGUCGCGACUCAGUCAGGAAAACGCGGAUGAGUUCAACUUUGUGCGCGCAUAUGAGUGCUUUCAGCACAAGUCGCACACGUGUCUCGUGUUCGAGAUGCUGGAGCAGAACCUCUACGACUUUCUGAAGCAGAAUAAGUUUUCACCUCUGCCCCUCAAGUACAUCAGGCCGAUACUUCAGCAAGUGCUCACUGCACUGCUGAAACUCAAGCAAUUGGGCUUGAUACAUGCCGAUCUUAAACCGGAGAAUAUCAUGCUGGUGGAUCCGGUGCGACAGCCGUACCGCGUGAAAGUCAUCGACUUCGGCUCGGCCUCGCACGUAUCCAAGGCGGUUUGCAAUACGUAUUUGCAAUCCCGGUAUUAUCGCGCGCCCGAAAUAAUUCUCGGACUUCCGUUUUGCGAGGCCAUUGACAUGUGGUCGCUGGGUUGCGUCGUCGCGGAGCUUUUCCUCGGCUGGCCCUUGUACCCGGGUAGUUCCGAAUACGAUCAGAUACGUUACAUCAGUCAGACGCAGGGUCUGCCCACGGAGCACAUGCUGAACAAUGCCAGCAAGACGACAAAAUUCUUCUACAGAGACAUGGACAGCACGUAUCCAUUCUGGAGAUUGAAGACACCGGAAGAACACGAAGCGGAGACGGGUAUUAAAUCAAAAGAAGCGCGAAAGUACAUUUUUAACUGUCUCGACGAUAUUGGUCAAGUGAAUGUACCCACGGAUUUGGAAGGUGGUCAGCUCCUAGCUGAGAAGGCUGACAGGAGAGAGUUCAUAGACCUCCUAAAGAGGAUGCUCACCAUGGACCAGGUAGAGCGCCGCAUAACACCUGGAGAGGCAUUGAACCACGCCUUCGUCACCCUGGCACAUCUUGUUGACUAUGCGCACUGCAACAACGUUAAGGCGUCUGUCCAGAUGAUGGAGGUUUGCCGACGAGCCGGUGACUUCACAGCCAGUCCAGCUCAUCACCAGGCGCCUCCGGCGCCGCAGCCGCCGCCUCCGACGUCCUUGGUAGCGAAUUUCGUGCCUACGACGAACGGCAGCGCAGUGACCCUUACGUUCAACAACCAAUUGACCAAUCAGGUACAACGACUGGUCAGAGAACAUCGCACCGCGCAGACAGGAUAUGACAAUCUGUAUCAGAUAUACAGCAACAGCAGUCGAAGAGCAACGCAGUACAGCGGAUCCUCCAGUGGCUCGAAUAGUGGACGAAGUGGCGUUCAUGAUUUUCCACAUCAAUUGGUACCUGGUAUCCUUUGUCCUCCUCCAGCAUAUCAGACCAUGCCAAGUCCUGCUAAGCACGUAGUGGUUGCACAGCCUUCGCAGGCUCAACAAGCUCCCUUGCAAAUUCAACCUUCGAUAAUAUCUCAACAAGCUGUCGCAGCCGCGGCUGCGGCUGCUCAGCAGCAAUACGCCGCUGUUCCUGUAUCAAUGGUUGAGACUGGACGACAGAUGUUGUUAACUUAUCCCAUGGUCGGAUUGCAGAACGCCGUGCAGACAUCGUGGCCUGGCGGAAGUCGUCAAAUGGCUGCCAUAGUGCCUUCCUGGCAGCAGUUACCGCCCCAACACGCCGCAAUUCAGCAACCCUUACUUAGCGAUGCUGGCGACUGGGGCAGACCACUUAUAGUUGACAGUUCAGCUAUACUACAGGAUCAGAGGCCUGUGUUCCCCGUGACGGAAGUGUACAACACUGGUGCCCUCGUCGAACAUCCCUCUCAGAGUUGGGGCAAGCGAAGCGUCACGAAACAUCAUCAACAUCACAUGGCGAUGCCACAACAAUCACAACAUCGACAUGAGCAUAAGAAGGAGACACAACAACUCAGUCCAGUGAAAAAGCGCGUCAAGGAAAGCACACCACCCAGCAGUAUGAGACGUCAUUCACCUCCCAAUGGUCACUGGCAACAGCAGUCUACCCAGUCGCAUCAUCAUAGUGGCAAACAUGGUAGUAGUCAUAAUGGCGGCGAACAUCAGCAGGUCUCCACCGUUAGACAGCAGACUAUCACAAUACACGACACGCCGUCACCUGCCGUUUCCGUCAUCACUAUCAGCGACAGCGAGGACGAAUCCCCUGGUAAAUGCUGUGGAGACCGUCAGUGCGGAGCCUGUCAAGGUUUGGCACCUCGCCUGUCUGGCGACAGACGUCCUGUCCGUGAGGAGGUCAUCCGAAGUACUCAAUCCACACCGCGGGUCGUGCAAAGCUCCCACCAAAAUCAUUCGAGCAGUCAAGUACACGCAAACGGGCACACGAGCUCACACAGUUCCUCACAAAGGGCACAGCGCAAGAAUGUUAUUAGCUGUGUCACUGUUGGUGACAGCGACGGAGAGGCCAGUCCUGGUCGGGCUCACGCUCAUUUGUAUCAGCACCUGCCACCGCAUCCUCAGCACCAGCAAACCACACAGCACAUCAAGCACGAACCCCAGCCACAACACCACAUCAGUUCCGGUUAUUCCUCGCAGUCACAAAAGAAACGGCUGUUGGCGAAGGUGCAGUCAGAGUGCAACAUGAUAAACGUCGCGACGAAGCCAGAGCCUGGCGUCGAAUAUCUUGCGCCGCAUCCCUGUCAUGCGCCGGCUUGCAAGGAACCUCCGACCUAUCAGGAUGACGCCUAUGACAUGCAUGACUACUUCUUGCAGUAUGUGACCACUAGCAGCGCGCAUCCUCACCUUCAGGAACAACAUAUUGUCUACACAACUGGCGCGGAUAAACGCGUGUCCUGGCCUGGUAAACGCGCAGAGUAUAAGCACGAAUACGUGCAACCACCAGCUGCUCAUUCGAGAGAUCAUCAGAAGUGGGCGGUUGCGAAUCCAGUGCACCAGUACAGGCAGAGCCAGGUGGUUGGUUCGGCAGCCCAUCCGGGUCAUACCCACAGCCACCACGGGCAUCCUGCUCAUCUGAGUCCUGGGGGCGGUGGCGGGGGCAGAAGUCCAGUGGUUGGGGGUACCCAGCAUCUGGGUCAACCCCUUUACCAAGAGUAUGCCCAUGUACGCUCACGGGCCCAUCCCGUUCCACCCCCGGUCUAUGUCACGGCUGCGCCUUCACAGGCCCCGGCUGCUAUCCAGCAGCAACAAGUGCCCACCUACCAGGGAUUCACACCCGGGUGGGUACCUAGACACCUAGUAGAUGCAUGCAUCUCGUCUCCAUUAACGUUGUAUGAUUCUAGUCGCGCUCUGCCACCGCCUGCUCAUCACAGCUCAGCGCGGCCAUUAUUGGCCAGCCACGCGGCGCAUCCGCUGCCCGCGCACAUGCAGCCAACUGCGGUCUACGGUUUGGCACCACUAUCUCCUGCCAAGCACCAGUAUCAACCAUCCGGUUUGUGGUUUACCGAGUAAAUUGACAAGUCGUACCAAUUAUACAUAAUCCAUACACUAUAGAUAUAUUUAAGAAGGUAACAAGAGAAACAAAAAGCUGAACCUCCGUAUAACGUUCCUGCUGAUCAAACGUAUUCACUGGCACAUCAGUCAAAUCGAGGAGAUCAAGAUAUAUACAAAUUAGUGUCUCUUCACGAACACGCAAACCCAUCUAACGUGUCUCCUGCUAUGCAGCGAGAAAUCUUGACUCGCGUCGUGAAAAGGAGCUCAACGCUUAAUUGUCCUUGAAAACAUGGAAAAGUCGACAAUCCGUCCCGUGCAGCUUUUUAAACUGUUUUCUGGAACUGCGUGGCUGCCUCGCUUUCUUCUUAAAUGACUGCCCGUGUUAAGAUCAUUACUAUCAGUCGUCAUAUUGACAAUACCACGUCUGAACACUCGCUUUCAACACUUGUAUAUUACCUCAGCGUGCAAUUGGGCUUUGAUAUCGGAAUCGGUUACUAAAUGGUUCCUUACUCCGUUGUCGGAUUAAUUCAUUACUUUAUAUGGAAUUACGACUAAUGAUUACGUCUAUGGCUCUUUCUCGAUUUGACAUGACUUUCGUGCAAGGAACGUUAUGUUAAAUUUGUGUAUGAAUAAGCACAAGUGGAUUGGGGGUAUUUUUAAAUGAAAAGAAAAUAAUGCGAAGGAGGUAUAAUUGCGUACGGUACGACUAAGACGUGUAAGCGGAAGUUAAGAAAAGUGGUCCUUGGACAAUGUAUUCGACGAAAUUCGAAAAUUCAGCGGGCGAUUAACGUACAAAAAUUGUAAAUAGUAAUUGUUUGUCAUUGAUGAUAAAUCCACUGUGUUAUGGCGCUCGAUGAGUUUUCGGCUCCUGUCGAAUGGACGAAUAAUCAAUAAUCAAGACCCAAAUUAACGUGGCCAAGCGGUUGCCUUUCGCGAGUGGGCCCGACACUCGUCUUUUCGCAUUAAAUUAUAGGAAAGGCACACGAGAAAUAAUUAAGAGUGGAAAAUAAGUUUAAGAGUAUACAAAGAUUAAAAAAAAAUAGAGGCCACACCGCGUUGUCGAUGCUGACAAAUGUGUGUUUGCUGAAUGAAGCAAAAUGCAAAAUUUAUACACUAACACACAAACACAUGCACACUGAGGAAUAAAACGUCGCGACGUUCUUACCCUCGUUAUCCUAUAUUGACGGAGAAAAUCUUGCAUUUCUUCAUAUGAUACAUCAUCGCGUAUCAUGCAACGCUAUUUUAAUGCUCAUUUAUCUUAAAUCCUUAGACGAUUAAUCAAUUGUGUUUAUUUUCUGUCAGUCCCUAAAGGAAACAAAACAAAACGAAGGACGGAUAUAAAAAAUCGCCAGAAUCCACGUUGAUCGGCAAUAAGUCGCGCUGUAACCUUUUUUUUUUAAUUUAAACAUUGUACUCCUGCAUCCGUUCUGGUGUAAUAUAUAAACUUGUAGAGACGAUAUGUGGAAGAAAUACAGGGGUGGGGGAAAGGGGGGGGGAAAGAAGAAUUAAGAAAGCGUGACUCAUUGACGCAUCAACGCGAUCAGUAAGGGUGGUUCUUUUUCGUCAUAUAAUUAUCUAUAUUUUGUCCUAGGGAUUUAACCAAAUAUACAACACUGCGCAUGCGCCACUAAAUAUAAUGUCCCGUACACUCAUGAAUACACACUAUACACUAUUUGAGGGAUUGCGUUUAGGUGGGUUUUAACCUUUUUCCUUUGGUUAGGGUUAUUCAGGUUUAUCGUAGCUUUAGGGGUGCGGAUUUCCCCUCGCCGCCGUCGUUGUACAAAAUGUAUGUAAAUUUGCAGAUUAUAUAUUAUAACGUAGGAUCGAUAUCGCACUUGUGUGUUGGCACGGACCCGUUGUGAUCUUCUGCGUUGACGAGGGCUAACUCGCCCCUUGUUCCUUGAAUGAUACGAGGCGCGUAAAUAGGUUGAUAAACAAUUACGGAGGAGAUUGGUUCGAUAAUCUCCGUAUAGUUCACAAGGUGUACGAAUGAGGGUGUCUUUUUCAUAGUCUCACUAUUUAUUACUACAUUGCUACUACUCUUAUCGUUACUAUUGAUUACUGUCUUUGUGAAAUCGCUAAACGUUAUUGCCUGCCCCACGUGUCUCAUGCCACUAUGAUAAUUAUUAUUGUCAUUAUCAUCACUGUGUAUUGCAUGGAGGCAACGUAACGAUAGGUUCUCGAGGGGAUUGAAGAAAGAUAGACCAAAAAUGAUAGGGUCGCGUGCGCAAAGUUGAUUAAGAGGACAACUAAUGGAAUUACGUAAAAUCACUGGUUUUAUAUAGAAAAUGUGACCCGUCGGUAUAUCGAUUCCAAACUUGUUUUUUUUUUUCCAAUGCCGUACAUAAUGUAUCUUUUUAAGUUCGGUGCGCACGUGAGUUCCCAAUCAGCCGUGACGUAUUGGGUCCUUAGUUACGAAAAUGUAUAAGAUCAGGUACAUUUUAGAAACAAAGAAUUGUACAUAUUUUUCAAUUGGAAACGAACGAACGUAUCCAUCGUGAGUCUUUGAAGAGUGUAUAGAUUCAUAUAUAAUAGUUUGUUUCCCCAUCGCGUAAGGAUGAUUUGUCUUGUGUAUAAUUUCAAUGACCACGUUGUCCUUAUUCUUUUCUUUUUUUGUACAUAUAACAAUAAUGUAUUCUAAUACAAUCGACGGAUUCCUAGUGAUUUCCGUUACCGUUUUCGUUUUCAUUAAGUCGAAUCGCGUUUCUUCCGUCGAGCCAAAACAAAUCAUUGAAUCGUUAAAUCCGGACGCUUUCGUCACUGUAUUCUUCACCGUGGGAAUCGACACGACUGAUUCGGAACUCCAUGAUAUUUUUGUCGCGUGUCAAGUAAAAUUGUGCGCCGAUUCGUCAAAGUAGUUAAUUUAAUAUUUGUACAUAUAACUUAGUAAGAUAAUCCCACGAAAUCCUACGCGGUUGGUUGCCCAAUUCUGCGACUUCUCAUCUAUUUCUCUUCCGCUUGAAGUUUUUGCCGUCGUCGUGGAAAAUUUUUUUAAGCGUCGACAUUUUCUUUUUUCUUUUCUUUUUUUAACAGAAUGACGCUUAGGCAUUGUUUGCUGAAUAUUCGUGACAUGUAUAUAUAAUUACAAAUAGAUGAAAAAAUAUAUAUAUAUUAAUAAAUAUAUAGAUAUAUUAUUCGGACGAGAUUGAUAUGAGCACGUUGAUUGGAGUGACAAUGCCAGUCCGAAAUAUUAACUCUAAUGUACAUACGUAAUAUAGGAUAUAUAUGUAUAGUAAUACGAUAUAUAGAUAUCGUCCAGUUUUAGAUGCGUUACGUGCAUUACACGAGGGUGGUUUUCUGUGGGAUAAGAAAGAUUUCGAAAAAGAAACUCUGUGCGAAGAUAAACUAGGAAAUCGGCCGCGAAAUUUCAAUUAUUAUUGUAUUUGAGGUUCUAAAGCGUUUUAAGGAGGAAGCCUAUGAGAAUUUUCCGUUUCGUGUGAUCGUUUUUUUUUCCUUUCUUUUAUUCUUAUGGAAAAACCAAUAAUUCUCGUGUCCACGCGGUUCUCUGACGUUUUCGUCGUCGAGCGAUUCUCCGUUUUUUUUUUAUCUUCAUAGAAUUCGCGGCCUUCCUUUAUAUCAAUUUGGAUAAAGUGGAGUGCUCGUCGGUCAUAAUCUAUGGGAUUGCGAACGAUCGUGUUUAUUAUGUCGUACGGAAAUAUAUAACUAAGUCGAUGUGCCUGUUUAACAAUUAAUUGUAUAUUAUAUUAUUGCUAGGCUGUAAGUUAACCGAAACUAAAUUUUCAAGUCGUAAUUGUUCGUAGGGAGGUGUGACGUAGUUUUAGGUUCGCGUUUCGAUAACAAUUAUUAAUAACGUAAGGUGUUACAGUCAUCGUAAUUGUUACGUGUGUCGUCGAAAUUUAUUAUCAAAAUUAAGUAAUUUAAUUGCCAGAGGUAUCGGUAACGCUACCGAAGGAGCGAAUGGGUCACAAAUAUUCGUACACGACACAUUGGUAUCCAUAAAGAUCGGAAUUACGUUGUGACAGGGCUCGAAAUCAUCUUGACCCAUUAAGUGUAUACAUGGCAAAUCCCAUUAAUGGAAAGUAAAAAAAAAUCAUUAAGCACACGCUCAUAUGCUUCCACGUAUAUCUGUAGUGUCCAUUACGGUUGCGGUGCGAACGAGAUACUUUUUUUUCCUCCUUUUGGGGUAAUUCUCGUUUUUCACUUGUCAAGUCAUAUCCUUAGGUUUCCACUCUUUCACAUAUGUCGUUUAAUCGUACUCGGGUAUGUACACUAUACGCAUAUGUGUACGCACGUCGUACACACGUGACAAUGAGAAACAGGCUUGAGAGAGGGAAUUUAAAAAAUCGUCAUACGCAAAAUUAUACAAGAUACCAGAUACGUCAUAUACACUGAUACACUAUAUUUAUCAUAGUCGUGGCUUUUCUUUUUAUUUCUUUAACGUUAUUACUUUGCACCAUAUACUUCGUUACAACUGCGAUGGCGGUUUCUUAAGCAAAUUUCAUUGGUACGUCUAAGGUAGCUUUCCUCGUUGGACCAUCCUUUUAUUUUAAUGUCGUACGUUGUAGAAUUUGGAAAAGGAAAUAAUAUUACGUAACACGAACAUAACUGGCUUGGGGAUCAUAGUAUGUUUAUUUCUUGUCAGAAAUUCAUAAGCAAGCACGUCGUUGGCUCUUUUCGAACGGACGUGUUCCUCGUGAUUUCAUUAUAUCCUUUAGGGUCACUCAGAGUCACUGAUACGUUACGUAUAUGAAUAUACUACAUAUGUUAUCGUUUAAUAAUUGACGUUUACGAUCUAACGUGACACACCAGAAAGCGACUAUCUAAUUACAAGUAACAGCUAACUAAGUUCUGUAGUUUGAUAAUGGAUAACGGGUAUGAUUAAAAAAAAAAAAAACCCAGCAAAGUAACGUAAAUGUAUCGAUGGUUCUAGUUGUGAUAUUUUACUAAUGUAAUAACGAUAAUUAGUGUAAUUAGUGCUGAGGCUCGCGAUCAGCAAUUAAUAACUUUAAUCGCGUUAGGUCUAUACAAGAUGGUGAAGUUUUUGGGCGCAUGGGGGAUAUAUAAUAUAGUAUAACAUAAUUCAACAACUGAUAUAAUACGUGAAUUUCGUAAUAUUAUUGUAUCAUAUUAUUAUAUUAUAUAUCGCGUUGUAUGUCAAUGCGUCCUGGCGCAAAGCUCUUCACUUUUUAUACACGUAGCUUGCUCACUGAAAAAGAAAGAAUAUAUAUAUAUAUAUACAUAUAUAUGUUCUGUGUCCCGUGUACACGAGUGGAGAUUAUUUUUAAUCAUUUUCAAAAUUUGUACAUAGUUCUCUUAUCGUAUCUGGGGGAUAUUUGUUAGGUAUAUAGGUGUAGUGCCUAAAAUGUCGACGGGAUUGUGUCAAAUUUUGGCUGAGAAUAGAAAAGACGAUUUGGAAAGAGGGUGUUGUAAAAUGAAAAGAAAAAAAAAAAAGAAAAAAAAGGAUAAACUAGGCAGAUCUGAGGGUAAAGUUUAUCGUCGUGAUAAGGUCGGCGAACUUAUGUUGUAACGUAACUCUGUUUUAUCAACGAAUGCGACGAGUAAUUGUGCUAAAAGAAAUUUUCAGGCAUCGUGUGAUUUUGCACUGGAGAUAGAGAUUUCGUGUCGGACAAAGUUUGCGAUAACUACGUAACUUCAAAACCGAUAAGGAGGUCGCGUACGAUUAUUGUAGUAAAGUGUGUGGAUCUUGGUGUGGGAUUUUUUUGUUAAUUAAAGAUGGCCGAAAAUAUAUUGUCUA